AGGUUCACGCAUGCGCAGAACCUACUGCGUUUCAGCGACAGCGAAGUCAAAACGCAAAGUGAAAGUAUCGAAGUUUUCGGAAGUCACGUAACAAACAUGUCGGAAGAAAAAGAGGCCGGUGUACGUCAUGCUAACGGGUCGACGAAUAUCGGUGAUUCUUCAACAACCCCCGUGUCAACACAGUCACGAGAAGAUGAAAACCCUGAGAACAAAUACAGCCAGGAUCUAAGAAGCGUCUUGGUUACCAGCGUUUUAAACCUGGAGAAGCUCGAUGUAGACUUGUACAGGGGGACACAUCACUGGGUGCCCCGCACUCAGCGUUUGUUUGGGGGACAAAUAAUCGGUCAAGCCCUGGUUGCUGCAGCCAAGUCUGUCAGUGAUAAUCUGUAUGCACACUCUCUGCACUGCUACUUUGUCAGAGCAGGGGAUCCUAAAGUUCCUGUGCUGUACCAGGUGGACCGCACAAGGGACGGUCGCAGUUUUACGGUGCGCUCUGUGAAGGCCGUCCAGCACGGACAACCUAUACUGAUCUGCCAGGCGUCCUUCCAGUUGUUACAGCCAAGCCCCGUGCAGCACCAGUUCGCCAUGCCGGUGGUCACUCCGCCGGAAGAGCUCCUCACCGUGGAGGAACUCAUCCAGCUUUAUCUCAGUAAACCCAACCUGGCUGAAAAUGCAAAGCAAGGCCUUAACAAGCUUCUGGCAUAUGAAGUCCCCAUUGAGAUCAAGCCAGUCGACCCUCCACAGUUUCAUAGACUUGCUGAAGCUGACCCAAAGAAAUUAUUUUGGGUGCGAGCGCGUGGAUACAUUGGUGAAGGCAACAUGAAGCUGCAUUGUUGCGUUGCUGCUUAUGUGUCCGAUUUUGCUUUCCUGGGCACCGCAAUGCUGCCUUAUCCCAACUACAGGGCCAAGUUCUCGGCCUCCCUGGACCACGCCAUGUGGUUCCACAACACAUUCCGCAGUGAUGAAUGGAUGUUGUAUGAGUGUGAGAGCCCAUGGGCAGGGGGCAGUAGAGGACUGGUUCAAGGCCGUCUGUGGAGAAGAGACGGGGUUCUGGCUGCCUCUUGUUCUCAGGAGGGCGUCCUGAGAGUCAAACCAGCGGCACAGCCCAGCAAGCUAUAGACACCUGCCUCACCGUUCUGUAGGUUAUGUGUUUUUAACAAAAUAAUUGGAUUAAAAAUGUAAAUACGUUA